AUGAUAGAUGAUGAUUUCGUUGAAAUAAGUACGGAAAUUGAAAAGAAAAUAAUAAAAAAAGGAAAACAGGGUAAAAGACCUUUUUUAACAUGGAAUUGUAGAAUAGAAAUCAUUUUAAACGAAACGUACGAUAAUGAUAAUUUUAAAACGGGAGUUAUCGAUAUUGUUAUCGGUUAUGGUUGCAACAGUUAUGACAGGUUAAUCGAAAGGUGCGUUGAAACGAUGCAUUUGGAUGAAGAAAGUUUAUUCGUUAUUAAAUCCGUUGAUAAUGUUAACGAUUUAAAAGUGACAAUUAUAUUAAUAUCUUACUUAGAAAAACCAUAUAUAUUCGAAUGGACGGACGAAGAAAAAAUAAAUGAAUCGAAUGUUUUAAAAAAUAAAGGAGCACAAUUAUUCAAAGACAAUAAUAUAGAAGAAGCUUUUUAUAAAUUUAGCAAUGCUUUAAAAUUAUUAUUAACAUUAGAUGAGGUUUUAGAAUAUGACGAACCCCGGCCGGAUAUAAAUAAUUUAAUAAUAGCUUUAUAUAAUAAUUUAGCAAGGUGUCAAUUACAUUUUAAAAAUUACAAAUACGUUAUUGAUCUUUGUAGCAAAUCUAUUGAUAUAAAUUCAACAUCGAAAGCAUUGUACAGAAGAGCUCUUGCUUAUAUUGAACUUGUAGAAUAUGAAAAAGCACAAAAUGAUUUAUUGGAAUUGAUCAAAUUGGAACCGAAUAACAAAGCUGCAAUUGAAAAAUUUAAAUUAGUUAGAGAUUUAGAUAAAACUAAUAGAGAUAAUUAUAAUUUGAUUGUUAAAAAAAUGUUUGGAAAACAAAUAAACGAAAACUUUUAA